AUGGGUUCGAGUGGGCCCCUCCUGUGGGCUUAUCAAGCCAGUUACCCAACCUGCCAAAACUGCAGCACUUCGACCACGCCGUUAUGGCGCCGCGACGAAUUUGGCUCCGUCUUGUGCAAUGCCUGCGGUCUGUUCCUCAAGCUCCACGGCCGCCCUAGGCCAAUCUCUCUAAAGACGGACGUUAUCAAGAGCCGCAAUCGCGUCAAGACGAUGCGCCCGGACUUGGCGAACAAAAAAAAGUUACAACAGCAGCAGCAACAGCAAGCCCAGAACUUCGUCUCCGCUGAUCCCAACGGUGUUGACAUUACCGGACAAACUGCUGCCGCCGCGGCGCAUGCUGCUCAGGCCGCCCGACGAACAUCACAAAAGUCAGCCAAUGGGCAUGAUGGAUCCGACUCUCCGAUCUCGCGCACCGGAACCCCCUCGAUGUAUUCGCAUAGCCUCUCUUCCUUUAUGGUCGAAGACCCAUACCAGACUGGCUACGUCGCUACAGGGGAAGGCCGAGCUACAUCCCCCCUAAAUGGAGACCGCAAGAUGGAGGCCCCACAGACCCAUGAACAGCUUAUCGCUCACAACUCGAGCUUGAAGACUCGAGUCAGUGAGCUUGAAGUUAUCAUUGAGCUUUUCCGAGGUCGCCUGAGCCAGCUGGAGCAGCAAGAGGCUGUCGCGCGAAGUGGUCAACAAGUCGCAGGCGCAGAACAGACCCAGCUGCGUUCUCAACUGGAAGCCACUAGAGAAAGCGAAGCGCAAUUGCGCGCGCAGCUCGAGGAUAGCCACAGAAGAGAAAACAGCUUGAAGCGACGACUGGAUGACCUCGAACUUGAGCUUAAGGCAGCCCAAGACGCUAGAGAGGCUCUGGAAGAGCGCCCAGCCAAGAAACCCCGCAUUGCCGAAGUACAGAUUAAGGAUGAGGUUGCGGCGGGCAUUGAGGCUGCUGCUGAGGCCCUGCUGGCUGCCGAGGCAGUUAAGCCAACCGAGCCCACUGCUACGGAACCUGCUCCAGCUCCUGCUGUCGAAGCUCCUGAAGCACCUGCGGUGUCCCAAGCACCCGAAACAGUAGAUGUCCCUGUCGCGGCUGAAGCCACCGAAGCCACCUCCACUGCUGAAGCCACUGAAACUUCGGAGAGCAAAGAAGUGACCAAGGUGUCGGAAGACAUCGAGAUUCCUGACGCGCCCGCCGCAUCAGAGGUAUCCGCGCUAGAGGCAUCUGCCCCUGAGACCACCGAAAAAGUGGAAGCAACUGAGCCUGCAAUCGCAGCAACAGCAUGA